GACAUAAGAUCCUUUUAUUGUAAGAUUUUUUAAAUAUGGGCAAUCACAGACUCACGAGCCAUAAGAUGCUUUUAUUGUAAGAGUUUUAAUAUAUUUUUAUUGGAUGAGAGGGCUUGAUGGAAGGUCUGUGAGGAUCAAAUUCAUUUUUUAUUUAACUCACGGGCCAUAAGAUCCUUUUAUUGUAAGAGUUUUAAUAUAUUUUUAUUGGAUGAGAGGGCUUGAUGGAAGGUCCGUGAGGAUUAAAUUCAUUUUUUAUUUAAAGGGAUUUGAAGAGCUCGCUUGAGUGGGUCCGGAAGACUUGUCCAAGUUAGAGUUCGAGUCAUAAAAAAAUAUAAUAAAUAUGUAUUUUUUGAAAUGGGGUUAGGUGGAUAGAUUGAUAAUAAUUUUGGGAUGGAAAUAAUGAAAACAACAAUUAAUUAACAAGGCAAAGACAAGGAAGAGAAAAUGGGAGCAAGCCAAAAACCCAGUAAGGCUUCCCAGCUAAAGUGUUUAUAAGAAGUCAGCCCACCUCCUCUCCCUCACUGCUCACUCUCUCUCUCUCUCUCUCUCUCUCUCUCUCUCUCUCUCUCUCUCUCUCUCUCUCUCUUAAUGGAUCCAUACAAGUUUCGCCCUUCAAGUGCUCACGAUUCCCCCUUCUUCACUACGAAUGCGGGUGCCCCAGUUUGGAACAAUAUCUCAUCGUUAACAGUCGGAUCCCGAGGCCCCAUUCUUCUUGAGGAUUAUCAUCUGGUAGAGAAGCUUGCUAAUUUUGAGAGAGAGCGGAUUCCAGAACGUGUUGUCCAUGCCCGGGGAGCAAGUGCCAAGGGUUUUUUUGAGGUCACUCAUGAUAUUUCUCACCUGUCAUGUGCUGAUUUCCUCCGGGCCCCUGGAGUCCAGACACCUGUCAUUGUCCGUUUCUCCACUGUUAUCCAUGAGCGCGGCAGCCCUGAAACCAUUAGGGAUCCUCGAGGUUUUGCAGUGAAGUUCUACACGAGGGAGGGUAAUUUUGACCUAGUGGGAAACAAUUUUCCAGUCUUUUUCACCCGUGAUGCUAUGCAAUUCCCUGAUGUGAUCCAUGCUUUUAAACCCAACCCUAAAACCAACAUCCAAGAGUACUGGAGGGUCCUUGACUUCUGUUCCCAUCUUCCAGAAAGCUUGCACACAUUUAUGUUCCUCUUUGAUGAUGUUGGGGUUCCGCAAGACUACAGGCACAUAGAAGGGUCAAGUGUUCAUUCCUAUACUCUAAUCAAUAAGGCUGGAAAAGUGCACUAUGUGAAGUUUCAUUGGAAACCCACUUGCGGAGUAAAGAACUUGUUGGAGGAAGAGGCCAUUAGGGUUGGGGGAACUAAUCACAGCCAUGCCACGCAAGAUCUCUAUGAAUCAAUUGCAGCUGGAAACUAUCCCGAGUGGAAGCUCUUCAUCCAGAUAAUGGAUCCUGAUAUUGAAGACCGAUUCGACUUUGAUCCACUGGACACAACCAAGAUCUGGCCUGAGGACAUCCUGCCCCUGAUGCCAGUUGGCCGUCUGGUCUUGAAUAAGAACAUUGAUAACUUCUUUGCGGAGAAUGAACAGCUUGCAUUUAACCCUGCUCAUGUGGUUCCUGGUGUCCACUAUUCGGAUGACAAGAUGCUUCAAGGUCGAGUGUUUGCAUACUCUGAUACCCAGAGGCACCGUCUUGGACCAAACUAUCUGCAGCUUCCGGUUAAUGCUCCCAAGUGUGCUCAUAAAAAUAAUCACUAUGAUGGUUUCAUGAAUUUCAUGCACAGGGAUGAGGAGGUUAACUAUUUCCCUUCAAGGUUUGAUCCUGUUCGUCAUGCUGAGAGGCAUCCCAUUCCUUCUCGUGUCUACACUGCUAAGCGUGAGAGGUGCAUCAUUGAAAAGCAGAAUGACUUCAAGCAGCCUGGAGAUAGAUACCGAACCUUUGCACCAGACAGGCAAGAGCGAUUCAUCCGCAGAUGGGUUGAAGUUUUAUCCGACCCACGGGUCACCCACGAGAUCCGCAGUGUUUGGAUCUCAUACUUAUCCCAGGCUGAUAGGUCUCUGGGGCAGAAGAUAGCAUCUCGCCUCAGCAUGAGGCCAAGCAUAUGACCGACGUCGAGGAAGUUAAGGAGAAAUAAAUGCUUUACUUGUCCUUAAAUCUUGUUGUAAUUAUGUUAUAUGCAGGCUUGCGCAUCGCUUGUUUGUGGCUUUUUUAUCCCUAAUGAUGUAAUUAAUAAAUCGACGUUGUAAUGCUUUGAGUUGUGUAUAGAAGCUAGAAGUUUGUUUA